UCUGCUGUUAAAUUGAGCCCAGCAUUUAUUGCGCUACGAACUGUGAAAUACGGUAGUAGCACCUCGACGUGCUAACAGUGAAAUAGUUCCAAGUAUCUUCAAUAGAUUUCUUUGUUUUUCUUUGUUUUUAUAUUUUUUCUCUUUCUUUCUCUCUCUCUCUCUCUCUCCCUCAUCUUAAAUCAGUUAUUGUCUUAAAAUACAAACACAAGAUCAUUUGACCAGGAUUUAAAAAGUGAUUAUGAUUAUCAGGAAGACCUUGAUCAUUUUGAUCGCUAUUUUUCUCAUUUUUGCUACUGGAGAAGCUCGAAAGACCGGUGGCGGUGGUCGUAAAAGUAGUGGAGGAUGGGGUUGGGGAUCACGUUCGUCAAGGACAACAUCUAAACCACCCUACAGUAGACCUCAAAAUACUGAACAUGGUUCAACUCCAAAUAAAAUAGGAUGGAAUGUUCCAGACUCAAAUAGACAGGCCAGCAGCAAUACGGCGUCAAAACCGUCAGCUCCAGCUUUAGAUCAUAACAUUGCUUCCAAAACUAGUGCAACUUCUUUGCAAUCAGGAUAUAAUCCUUCUGGUGGAUAUCCUCGUCAGAGUCAACCAAUUGGUUCUCAACAAAAUGCACACAAUCCUUAUAAUGCUGGAUACAAUCCGUCGGCUAGUCAAGGCUACAAUCCUUCAGUCGGUGGCUAUAAUCAUGGCUAUCCAGGCCAAGGUCAAUCUUAUAGUUCACCUCAUAUGGGACAGCCUUAUAAUCCAAUGGGUAGCGGAUACAAUUCAGCACACGGUCAGCCUUUUAAUCCGUCUUAUGGUCAAUCCUAUAGUCCUUCGUUUGGACAAGCACCACAACAAACUAUUCUCUUGCCAUCCUCGCAACCAUACAAGCCAGGUAUCGGACAAAUUGCGAAAGAAGCUUUCGUCUUCGCUGGAGUCAGUGCAGGUGUAAAUGCAGCAGUGAGCAGAAUUCUCCCAGGUGGAAUUUAUGGACAUAGCGGCGGUGGCGGUAGUAGUAGUGGUAGUGCAGGCACUCCUGUUGCUUCUAAUACUCAAAUCACUUAUAAUAAUUAUUAUAACAAUCAAUCUGCUCCAAUCCCUGAUGCCAACGCGGGAGCGGCGCAACCUGCAGCUCAACCUGCUUCAGGUCAACCUGCUGCAAGUCCUCCUGCUCCAAAUGGAGCUGCUGUACUACCGGAAGAACCUCCUACUGUUCAACCAUUACAAAAUACUGAAACUAAUGCAAAUAGCAAUGCUUCUCCUGGAGCUGAUAAACCCAAUACUCAAAAUUCUCCGGGAUCCAGCAAUAAUCCUAAUCCACUCGGUUUUGUGACCUCUGAUGAUGAUAUUAAAAAAUUGUCUGAAGAAUUAUUUAAUAAAGAUACAAAUAAUGCGUUCAAAUAUAUUACCAUUAAACUACAGGGCCAAAAGAAAGACGACAGUGUUACAGAUGACGCCAGUGAUCCAUUGUUGGAUGUUAAACCAGAAGCUUAUGAAAUACCAACGAUCAAAUCUGUUAUUGGUCUUUAUGAUGAUUAUGAGUUGGACGUUAAAGUGAAAGAAAAUCUUACGCCUGAGAGACGUAAAAAGGAAUCUGAAUUUCUUGAUAAAUUAUUAGAAACCGAUAUUAUGCAAAAUGCAAUGAAAUUCUUAGCAAACAAAGGAUAUAUACCCGAUGAUCCAUAUGAAUUCAAGGACACGUUAAAACGCAUAUGGUUCUCACAGUUUAAACGAAUAGACGGAGAUGCAUCAAGUUCCGGCUUUGAAACAGUUUUCUUAGCAGAACAAUUUGAUUCUGAUAUAAUUGGUUUACAUAACUGGAUCUAUUAUGCUAUGAAAGAGGCUGAGAAAAAGAUUGAUUAUCUUGGAUAUAUUAAAGAAAUAACGUUUGGAGAUAAGGCAGCUGUACUCAAAAUACGUUCUAAAUUAAAUGGCUUUGUUCAACCGGUGACUUCCAUAUUUGUUGGAACAUCACCAGAGUUAGAGAUGGCACUUUAUACGGUUUGUUUCUUUACGCGUCCAAAUACUGCUUGUCCUGUUUCUUUUGGUGGAACUAAUUUUAUAAUUAUUGCAAACAGAGUAAAUUACUUUGGUAAAGAUAUAUUAGUCGCUGCAUUUCCAGAAAUCUAAUUUCUAAAAUUUAUAUUUCUUUUAAUGAAAUAUUGCAUAUCUAUAUUAUCAAAGAUAAUUUCUUUUUAAGUUUUCUAAAAAUAUAAUCUUAUUUACAUAUUAUAUUUCAUAUCCUUAAUUCUGCAGGAAUGUGAAAAGAACUUGCUUUUUAACUAUUCUUAAUAAGUAUUAAAACAUUUAUAAUACAAAUUUGUAUAAUCAAAUAAAACAAUUAUGAGUCAACAUA